GGGGCAGAGCGGGAGCGGGCGGCGGAAGAUGCUGUGCCUCCCGAUAGCCUUCCAGUUGCUGCUGGUGCUGUGCAGCCAGGGCACAGAGAGGUGCCCUUCAGCCUUCUGCGAGUGUUCUGACUGGGAGGACUACAAAAUCACUUGCAGGGACAUCCACUUUAUUCCCAGCCUUCCGGAGGACACCCAGACCCUGAGGUUUAUGGAGACUCACCUAAGAACAAUUCCAAGUGAUGCUUUUUCCAAUCUCCCCAACAUCUCUAGGAUCUACAUCUCUAUAGAUGAAACACUUCAGAGUCUGGAGGCCCAUUCCUUCAACAGUUUAAGUAAAGUCACUCACAUUGAAAUUCGAAAUCUUAGAAACUUGGAUUACAUAGAUCCAGACGCGUUUAAGAACCUCCCAGUUUUGAAAUACCUUGGUAUUUUCAAUACUGGACUCAAAGUAUUUCCAGACCUCAAAAAAAUCUACUCAUUUGAUGUGAAUUUUUUACUUGAAAUUGCAGAUAAUCCUUAUAUGACUUCAGUGCCUGCAAAUGCUUUCCAUGGGCUUUGUAACGAAUCUCUAACCCUCAAACUCUACAAUAACGGUUUUACCAGCAUUCAAGGCCAUGCUUUUAAUGGGACAAAUCUGGAUGCUAUCUAUCUGCACAAGAACAAAUACCUGGAAGUUAUCAAUGAUGAUGCAUUUCUGGGAGUGCACAGUGGACCAACUCUACUGGAUGUCUCCAGAACAGCUAUCUCUAACCUUCCAGCCAAAGGAAUGGAAAGCCUAAAAGAACUAAUGGCCAAAAAUACAUGGACUUUAAAGAAAUUACCAGCUGUAAAGAUAUUUCUUCAGAUAAUGCGAGCUGACCUAUCAUACCCAAGUCACUGUUGUGCUUUCAAGAGCUGGAAAAAAAAAAGUGGGAUCCUGGAGUACCUGACUUGUAACCAGAGCGGCAGCCACAGCUUUCAUAAGAGAUCAGUCAAAGCUCUCAGAGGUCCAUUUUACAGAGAUUACGCAGAAGAAUACACAGAUCACGUCGAUCCUGUGUAUGACACAAACACCAAGUUCACGAAUUUUCACGAAAAUCCCCAUUAUUACAUUUUCUCGGAAGAACAUGGAGAAGGAAAUCUUGGCUUUGGCAAAGAGCUCAAAAACCCUCAAACGGAAGAUGUCCAGACCUUUGACAGUCAUUAUGACUAUCCUGUCUGUGGAGGCAAUGAAGAUGUAAUAUGCACACCAGAGCCUGAUGAGUUUAAUCCCUGUGAGGAUAUAAUGGGAUAUCCAUUUCUGAGGAUUGUGGUGUGGUUUGUGAACCUGUUUGCCAUCCUAGGUAACAUUUUUGUCCUUUUUAUCCUUCUCACCAGCCAUUAUAAACUGACUGUACCACGCUUUUUGAUGUGUAACUUGGCUUUUGCUGACUUUUGCAUGGGGUUAUAUCUCCUCCUGAUCGCCUCAGUUGAUCUCUACACCAGGUCAGAGUACUAUAACCAUGCCAUAGAGUGGCAGACUGGGCCCGGUUGCAACACAGCUGGCUUUUUCACAGUCUUUGCUAGUGAACUUUCUGUGUACACACUGACUGUGAUCACCCUGGAGCGCUGGUACGCCAUCACAUUUGCCAUGCGCCCAGAUCGGAAGAUUCGCCUCCGGCACGCCUUGGUGAUCAUGCUAGGAGGGUGGCUCUCAUGCAUUCUGCUUGCCUUAUUACCACUGCUUGGGGUCAGCAGUUACAGCAAAGUCAGCAUCUGCUUGCCUAUGGACACUGAAACACCAGUGGCUGAAGCCUAUGUUGUCUUUGUUUUAAUAUGUAACAUUAUUGCUUUUGUCAUCAUUUGUGCCUGCUACAUAAAAAUCUAUGUAACUGUGCGAAACCCUCAGUACAAGUCAGGGGACAAAGACACCAAAAUUGCCAAGCGAAUGGCUGUGUUGAUUUUCACAGACUUUCUGUGCAUGGCUCCCAUCUCUUUCCAUGCUUUAUCUGCCAUUAUGAACAAACCGUUGAUAACUGUCACCAAUUCCAAGAUUUUGCUCGUACUUUUCUACCCCCUCAAUUCUUGUGCCAACCCCUUUCUUUAUGCAAUUUUCACCAAAGCUUUUCGUAGAGAUGUGUUUAUCCUGCUAAGCAAGUUUGGUAUAUGUGAGCAUCAGGCUCAAAUCUACAGAGGUCAGACUAUCUCAGCCAAAAACAGCAGUGGGUCAUACGGGCAGAGGAUCAGCCGAGGGAUAGGUCAGAUUCUCACAAGCAUUCAAGACCCAGUCAACGAUUACCUUCCUGCUGUAACAGUGCAGAACCAAAUUCUCAUGGAAGAAUGCAAACAAACUGAGCUCUAACAUCUUAAAAGUAUCACAGCCAAAAUCUGGUCAAGAGGUGAUU